AUGGGAGGAUAAUGUUGCAAUAAUACAUCAUAUUUAGAUGAUGUAGAGCCAUAAGAUGAUACAGAAUUGAAACGUUUAGAUACUCGUAAAAUCAAUAUUAAAUAUAAUUACAAAAAGAAAUAAAAAGAAUUGAAUUCAAGUCAAACUACAAAGACUCAAGAAAGAACCAAACAAUUAGCAGUCACUCUUAAAAGUGGUGGAGUAUAUUUAGGAGAUUGGGUUGGUAAUAAAAGAGAAGGAUAUGGAAUUCUAAAAUGGCCAGAUGGUUCAGAAUAUGAAGGAGAAUGGAAAAAUAAUAAAGCUCAUGGAUAAGGUAAGUUCAUUUAUCCUGAUGGAGACUAUUAUGAAGGAUAAUGGGAAAAUGAUAAAUAAAAUGGAAGAGGGACAUUCUAAUCAAUUAAUGGAGGUAAGUUUGAAGGACAAUGGAAGGAUGAUUUAUAAUAAGGAUAUGGGAUAGAGACUUGGGAAGAUGGGAGUAGAUAUGAGGGUUAUUUUUAUGAAGGAAUAAAAUAAGGAUAGGGAACUUAUAUAUGGAAUGAUGGUUCAACAUAUACAGGUUUAUGGAUUAAUAAUAAGCGACAUGGAUAAGGAUCUCAAGUAUGGAAAAAUGGUAAAGAAUAUCAAGGAGAAUGGUUUGAAGAUUUUAUGUGCGGUUAAGGAAUAAUUAAAUGGUCUAAUGGUUGUACAUAUGUUGGAUAGUUUAAUAAAGAUGCUCUAAAUGGUUAUGGCAUUUUCAAAUGGUCGAGUAUUUAAUAUCCAUAAUUUAGAUGGUAGAAGUUAUGAAGGUAGUUUUAAACAUUCAAAGCCAAAUGGGAAAGGUAAAGUUAUUUUGGAUAAUGGUCGGUCAAGAUUUGGAGAAUGGAAUGAAGGAUAAUUGAUAAAAUGGUUUGACAAUAAUCAAGAUGAAUAAAAAGAAAAUUUUGAUAUACUUAAUCUAGAAGAUUUAUGA